CCCAAUCUCUCUCUAAAUCUCUCCUCCAUAAAUCUCGCCUUUCGACAAUCAACUUGAGUCCAAAUAUUUCACUUUCGAAACGAGUGGACGUUCCACUUUGUCCAAUGAAUAUUACUCUUUGAUGGGGAGAGAAAUUAUUUUAGCUUUGAUUAAGAUCGAUUCAAUGUGUACCAUUAGAUUUAUGAUGUUGAAGAAAACCCAUUUUGAAUUUCGUUUUGGUUUUAUGCAUGGGUUUUUGUAUACGAAUAUGCUUCCAGUUGUUGCUUCCUUCUGGGUUUUUCUCUCCAAGUUCAUUGCUUAUGUUUUUGGAUCAAUACUUGGAUACUUCUUCAGGCCUUCAGCCAUUAAACGCUUUGCAGAGAAUGAUUCCGGGGCAUGUUCGGAUUCAAACUUUGAUGGGGUGAAAGAGAGACAGAACAGUGAUCAUGUUGAUCAAGGAAAGAGAGAAGCAGACAACUCCUCAUUGGUGGCAAGCUCAAGCAAGUAUGAGUUUUUGUAUAGGAAAGGUUUUAGCGGAUUCAUUGAAGAACCCAAAGCUGAGAGCUAUUCUGUUCAUGAAUUUUAUAUCGGUUCUGCCAAUUGCGAUGGUAGAUUUCUUGUUUCAAGCGACUCUGCCGAUGCUGAUAUUGGGAAAAUUGAGGUUGAAGCUGAGGAUCCUGGGGAGAUUUUUACUGUUGAAAAAGUUGAGGAGAAUUUUCUGCAGGUAAAUUUCGUUGAUGGAAGGGAAACAGAGGAGCCUGUUGAAGAGAUAUCAGAAAGUUUGAUGCUUGAAAACGUUUUGCAGAAGGAACCACAGCUAGGGGAAACAGAUUUUGUUUUGGAAAAUGAAACAGAGGAAUCUGCUCUGAGAUUCUUCUUUGAAAAGGAUUUUGAGAAAUAUAUCAAACAAGAAGAGUCAGUUGAGGAGAAAAAACCAGAGCAGAACAUCAUCAAAAUAGAAGACGUUGUUAAAGAGAUACCAAAGGAUUCUGUUGAGAAGUUAUCGGAGAAACCAAAGCACGGGGAGAUUGAAACAAAAGAUUCUUUUAAAGUAAAAGCAGAUGAAUCAGUUGAGGAAAGGUCAGAGAAAGACGCAAGUGACAUGCAAGGUCAUGGUGAUCAUGUUGAAGACAAUUUGGACUACUUUUUCGUGAUUGACAUGUGUAUAGAAAGACGUAAAAAAGAUGGGGAGAUAUUUAGCCCAAGAAACAACGUGGUUGACGUUGAGUCUAUUACUCAUCAAGUGUUGGCCAAUAGACUGGACAUAAGUUAUGUGCUAACCGAUGCCCAAAACAUGGAGCACGGAAUUCAUGAACGCACUAGCAAGAUCAUACGAAGUCCCAUCAAUGAUUCUGACGAGGAAUUCAUAGAAUUGGAACCGCUGUCUGAAAAGUUGCGUCUAAUGGGGGAAGAUUUAAGCAUGGAGGACGAAGGUGAUGAGGAAGAGUUCAACUCAAUGGUUUCCCCUGAAAAAACUCAGCAAACGACCUUGCGGGAGGAGUUCAUCUUCUCCAGUUGUGAUGAGCAAGAAGAAGCAGACAAUGAGAAUGAUUCAGAGUUCUCGUCAGAAGAUGAUGAUUUAAUGGAGCGGCUGAAAAUAGAACUCAAAUUAGCAAGGACUGGGGGGCUUCCAACUAUUUUAGAAGACUUUGAGUCUCCAAAGAUGGUGGAACAGCUAGGGCCACUAAAAAUUGAAGAAAAAUACGAUCACAAAUAUCAUAUUGCUGAAAUUCAUAAGGUAUACAAGAGUUACUCUGAUAAAAUGAGGAAACUGGACAUUUUGAAUUCCCAGACGAUGCAUGCUGUCAGUUUACUUCAACUAAAAGACCCAGUUCGACUAAGCAGUGCAUUUGGAAGAUCUUCAGCUCCAGCAAUUAAGUCCAUUCUCUCACAUAAUGUAUGGCCAUUUAAACAACAGAAGCCUGAGGCUGAUCCAGCAAUGAAGUCGAUUAGAGAUUUGCACAUGGCCUUUGAAACCGUCUAUGUUGGACAAGUAUGCCUUUCCUGGGAAAUACUUCAUUGGCAAUAUGGAAAAGUAAAAAGGUUGUGGGAAUGUGACAGUCUCGCUACUCAUCAGUAUAAUCAAGCUGCUGAGGAAUUUCAACGUUUUCAAGUGCUUGUGCAAAGAUUUUUAGAGGAUGAACCCUUUCAAGACAGACCAAGAGUUGAAAAUUAUGCAAAAAACAGAUGUGCACUGAGACUUCUACUUCAAGUUCCAGUUAUUAAAGAUGAUUGUUCAAAAUAUAAAUUAGAAGAUGCAGUAUCAAAUGGAGUGUUAAGUGAUAUGAUUGAGGAAUCCAUGCAUGUUUUAUGGGAAUUCCUUCGAGCAGACAAAGACAACACGAAUGCGACCUCAAAGACUCCCCAGCAAGCGCAGGUUGCUCCACAUGACCCUAUUGACUUGGAACUUUUGAUGGAUGUUAGAACUGAACUUCAAAAAAAGGAGAAAAGGCUAAAGGAAAUCCAGAGAAAUACAAACUGCAUAAUAAAGAGGCUCCAAAGGCAACAUCAGAGAAAUCUAUUAGAUCAUACAUUGUUCAUCGCUCAAGUUGAGCUGAAAUUGGUUUCGAGAGUUUUAAACAUGUUGAAAAUAAGCACAGAUCAGUUAAUUUGGUGUCAUGAGAAAUUACAAAGGAUUAAUUUUGGUAGUAGGAAUACAGAGAUAGAGCCCUCAUUUACACUGUUCCCUUGUUGACAUUAAUGGUGACCGACCACUACCACUUGUGUUAUCAGUUGUGAAUACAUUAAUUACCUCACAGAUAAAGCAAUAUAAAGAACGGCAUUUUGAUUCCAUCAAAAA